AUUAGGGAGAAGUGCGGUCCUGCUGCUGUGUUGAUUCAGAUCUAAAAAAACUGGACUAACAGGGAGUCGCGUCGGUCGCUGCUCGCGUGGAUUAAUUUUUGUUUUAUAGGGGAAAAGUUUUUUCAGCGUGGUGGGAAAUUGUUUUAAAAACCUGCCUUCAACUCCACCGGCUCGAGGGGGAAACGUUCGGCGACCCUGGCUGCGACAACACUCGGGCCCCCUCCCCUCUGCUGCUGCACAAAGUGACGGUUGAUAUGCCACAUCAGUGAUGGAGCCCAUGACGGUGACAACGUCCAUGGUCGGGCCGGACGAGUUCGACCGCAACGCCCCGCGGAUCUGUGGCGUGUGCGGCGACAAGGCCACCGGCUUCCACUUCAAUGCCAUGACCUGCGAGGGCUGCAAGGGGUUCUUCAGGCGCAGCAUGAAGCGCAAGGCCUCCUUCACUUGUCCAUUCAACGGAAGCUGCACCAUCACCAAGGACAACCGGCGCCACUGCCAGGCCUGUCGACUCAAACGCUGCAUCGACAUCGGCAUGAUGAAAGAGUUCAUACUGACAGACGAGGAGGUUCAGAGGAAGAAAGAAAUGAUACUGAAGAGGAAGGAGGAGGAGGCGGCCCGGGAGGCGAUGAGGCCGCGGCUGAACGAGGAGCAAGCUCGGAUGAUUUCCUCUCUGGUGGAAGCUCAUCACAAGACCUAUGAUGCCUCCUAUUCUGACUUCUCCCGCUUCAGGCCUCCAGUGCGUGAAGGUCCAGUAACACGCAGUGCCAGCAGAGCGGCCUCCCUUCACUCUUUGUCCGAUGCAUCCUCUGACUCAUUCAACCACUCUCCGGAGUCCGUGGACACCAAGAUGAACUUCAGCAACUUGUUAAUGAUGUACCAGGAUGGCGCCAGCAGUCCAGACUCCAGCGAGGAGGAUACUAAGCUCUCCAUGCUCCCCCAUCUGGCCGACCUGGUCUCCUACAGCAUCCAGAAGGUCAUUGGUUUUGCCAAGAUGAUUCCAGGCUUCAGAGAUCUGACAGCCGAGGACCAGAUCGCUCUGUUGAAGUCAAGUGCCAUUGAGAUCAUCAUGCUGCGAUCCAACCAGUCGUUCAGUCUGGAGGACAUGUCCUGGAGCUGCGGAGGGCCCGACUUCAAAUACUGCAUCAAUGAUGUCACAAAGGCGGGCCACACUCUGGAGCUGUUAGAGCCGCUGGUGAAGUUCCAGGUCGGUUUGAAGAAACUCAACCUGCACGAAGAGGAACACGUGCUGCUCAUGGGCAUCUGCCUGCUCUCCCCAGAUCGUCCAGGUGUCCAAGACCAUGCCCGCGUUGAGCAGCUCCAAGACCGUCUGUCGGAGGCGUUGCAGGCCUACAUCCGCAUCAAUCACCCAGGCGGACGCCUCCUCUACGCCAAGAUGAUCCAGAAACUGGCCGACCUGCGCAGCCUGAACGAGGAGCACUCCAAGCAGUACCGCUCGCUCUCCUUUCAGCCUGAGCACAGCAUGCAGCUCACCCCGCUGGUGCUGGAGGUGUUCGGCAGCGAGGUGUCAUAGCAGAGGAGGAGGCGAGUGUGUACACAUGUACUCCCUCAUCACACACAGGAUGAUUAACCAACCCUUACCACCUUUUUCCCCCAAGAAAACCCUGCCUUGAUACAUCCCUGGACAUGUGGGAGAAAGAUGGAUAAUCACACAGAUGGUAACAUUCACCUCUUCAUCAUUGGCCCAUUCUCCUCCUCUUCCUCCUUACCUCAAGGAGCGAUACUCAAAUGCCUGGACCUCUGGAUUUUUGGAUUUAUUACACCUGAUGAGGCUUUGGAUCUCUGCAGCACUUUGACAGGCCUUGAAAACACAGUACAGCAUCACAUUUCAUCACAUCAUGCAGCUGUUGUGAUGUCUGGAACAGAUUUGACAUCCAAAACCUCUCCACAUCCACAAACUCCAGAUUUGCCUUCUCUCAUCACCACCUUUCUCCAGACAUCACUUCUAGAUCUCUGCCAUAUUUUUACAGUGGAGACAGCUUGAUGGAUGUGACCGUCACAUCCUUUGGUUUAACCAUCGUCUUUAUAACAUCACUUUAGGUUCACAUCAUCAGCUCCAUCGAUUAACUACGCUGGCACUUGUGAGGGACAGUUACAUUUCUAGCAGUGUGACUACACUUGUGUUACUUAGUUAUAAACUAUUAUUGAUUUACAGUUUGUUGACAGCAAAUACAUCCAAAUAUAUUAAACAUCAACAUGAUGAUCUUACGUUAAUGUAUUUAGGGAUGCACCGAUCCAACUUUGUCACUCCUGGUGCAGAUAUUGAUACCUGGGCCUUGGUUAUCGGCUGAUAACGAGUAUCAAUCCAAUAUCAGUGUUGAAUUAAUAAGAGAACAAGCUCAUUCUCAGCUGCAGAACCUUUUGGUGUAGCAAGAAUAAAACACCUCCAAAAUGACCCCCCUCGAUUUUGCCUCCCUCCAUGCUAUGUUAGUGAGCAAAAUCUACUGUUCUACUGGCGUGCUGCGGACACACGACGAAUUGAAUAGAAUAUAUUGGUCCUAUAUAUUGGCCCUAUUGUCACCAAUACCCCAUCCAGUUGGUCAAUAUCGGUGCAUCCCUUGACGUAAUGGAAAUACUUUGUUCACUGUUUGAAAAGUACUGGUGAGGAUGAGAGUCCAGCAGGUGUCUUCUCCUGCUCAGCCCCGUGUCUGUGUGUAGGAGACAUCUCAGAUGGUGGAAGCAAGUUUAAAGUCGGAGGGUGUGGGUGAGAUUUUGAGGAAUGAGUGAAGGAGAUUGGAGAGAUGGAGGAUGGAGAUGCUACAGUUGAAAUUUCCUGCUCACAAGACUAAAGGGAAAUUCACACAACAAGAAUGUAUGUAUAAUGCUAUAUAAAUAUAAAUGAUACGUAUAAGCUUAUAUAUAUAUCUAUAUAAAUAUAUAUAUAUAGAUAUAUUUAUGAGGGCAAAACAAGUUUGCUUUCAUGGAAGCUAAUUGUUCUGACUGUUGUAUAAUGUAGAGGAUUUGAAGGCCCCUCCUCAGUUGUGUGUGUGCGUUCUGUAUGGAAAGACAGAGGUACACACACAUGAGAAAGCACUGAAAAGUGUGUGAGGAGUCCUUCUAUUUUUGUGAUGUGUGUACAGUGUAUGAGAAUAUUGAUGGACCACAAGGGGGUGUGUGUACAGGCUCUGACUGAGGGUUCAGUGCAGGGAAGCACUUUUCUGUUGGUUUUUACUCGUUAUUGGACCUGUGAAGUUUGUCGACUGACACAACGUCAUGUUACGUGGAUAGUGAUUAUCCCAAAAAAGAAAAUAAUAAUAAAUCUUUGUCCGGCUGGUUAGAUUGCUGCUACGACAGUUAGAGCUAGAUAGUUGGAUAGAAACCAACUAUCGGCUUUUGCCUCAGGGAAAAGUUUGUCUGAUGAUAUUGUGUAUGUGGUGUUUAGGUGUGUGUGUGGCGUAAGCUUACAAUCAUGAGACGGAGAUUGUUUUUGAAGCUCUAGAAUUCACUGUGAUUUCUAAUCAUACUAAAAAACAGCGUAAGUAAGCUAAAAGUCAAACUUUUUAAAACGAUUACCCUAAGAUUUUCAUUCCUUAGCUUUUGUUCAUUAAAAAUAUAAACUCCUCUUAUGAAAUGGUUUGCAUUAUCGUAAAAUGCAUUAGAGAGCUUAAAAAGUACAUACCCAUUAAAUGGCUACAUUUAAAUAAUAGUAAUCUGUGUUAAAACAUUGCUUGAUUAAUAUCCACCUCAUGUGUAGUUUGUUAUUUUCUUUCUUCAGGGCAAAUUGAAUAUUCUACAGAUGGUAGCAAUAUACAGUAGCAGAGCAAUGUAUAGUCUAGUGUUUUUUGAAUGCAAUCCUUCAGAUGGCCAUAACAGCAGGACAGAAAUGUAAAGACAUGAGAAAGAUGCUUUUUGUAUUCACUAUCAAAACCAAGCCUCAUACUGUUUUGUCAGAACUUUAUAAUUUCAACACCAGCCGCAUAAGCGAGGUUUUUAGGAUGUUACUUUUAAACAUCACUACAUAUCAUAUCACCUUUUCUGUUGACACAGUGCAUGCUCUCCCCUCAUGCAGGCCUGGAUCGCCCCCUUGUGGACAAACCUUGUAAAUACCACUUGCUAAGUCUGUACAUAGUUAGAUAUUAAUGUAGGCAAAAUACUAAGAGAAUUCAAUUGUUUGAUGGAAAGAUGCUCUGGAGAUACAGCACUAUAUGCAAUUAGGAGAUGGACUCUUAGGUUGUAUUUAACUAGGACGUGCAGGGGCGGCAAUCCUGGUGAUGUCACUGAGUUGUUUCAGGGGGCACUGAGAAAACUGUCAGAAUUAGGUUUUCCCUUUCACAAUAAAGUCACACAUUCAAAUUAAAUCAAUUUCAUAUUGAAAAGAUGCAGAUUUUGGUCCAACCCUUUGGUUUGAUGCUAAAAUGAACAUUAGUGCAAUGCUGAGACUCAGAAACCUAAAGAUUUGUACCUGCAAAGGCCUCAUGUGACUGAACAUUCCCAGUGGUGGUUGUGUUGUCCAUUCCAACUGGCUGAGUCUCACACACACACAUACACACAAACAGUGUGAUCAAUCUUAACGCUCCGGCACCUGACAACUCAGUCCGUCACCACAGGAAGUGUGCCCUCUCUGUCCGUUCCAAGCUUAUGGAUGUAUGUUCUAUUCUCUCUGUCUCUUUCUAAAGUCAAUCGAUAAGCUUUUGACAAUUAUACAGUAUAUCCAUAAUGUUUUUACUUUGGUGAAAAUCUCUCUUUUUUUUUUUCUUCCUCUGUUUUGUUCUGUUCAAGAUUGUCGAUCAAUGUGUUGCAGAGUUUGCUUUCUAGCUUGUGCUUUGCUCGCUGCACUGGGACGUCAUUUAAAUCAAGCAGAGAUGAGCAAAGUGGACUCCUGGAGCCUUUUCCAAGUGCAAAUGAACAAGCUCCCCUUGUUCCCGUGAUUUCAGCUGAGUGGAAACAUAAUAGCCAUUUUAAAACUUAACGACGUGGCUUUAACUUCAUGUACAGUCAGGGAAUGGACACUGGCAACCGUUGUCCUUCUUUUUUCCUACUGGAAUAACUUGUCAGUGCGGCCAUGUUUCAUCUGGAUCCGUCACCUGAGGGGAAGGAACACGGCAGAGCUAAGUCUUUGUUAAAGGAAAAGAGGUCCCCAGCCCUGUGUUUAAAAAGAAAAAAAGCUACAUCUGCUUUUCCAGAAGCAAGGUGUCAAACACAAUCAAGUGAUCAUGAACUAACACUGCCUCAACUGACUGACACAGGAUUUAGCCAAUGGACACUAUCGCAACAGCUUGGGCGUGCCUCUUCAUUCAUCACCCAACCAUCUAACCGCCUCUCCUUCUGCAAUAGCCAAUUACAGCAGGAUUACUCUUCAUAGCUUUAACUUGACAGCCAGUCAGACUCUGCUUUUUUUGGAAACCGUGGUGCACCAAGGGCUGAUGGGAGUUUUGCGAGACAGCUGCUUCGGGAAUCGGACAUUUUUGAAGACACGCAUGACGACACAAAAAUGGCUCCUUCUGUCCCGCCCAGAAAAAAAAUCUGAGUGGACAUCCAGAAGAACUGUGUAGAAAAUGUGUAUAGAAGAUCAUAGGAGAUACAAGUUUUUUUGGUUUUUUCGCCACAGGCAGAUGUAGUGACACGGUGUACAGGCAGAGGGCGCAGUGACUGAUGAGAUGUCGCCUCCUAAAACCCAAAGUGUGACAUUACCUUUCUCACUACUUUGUGUGUCUCUCGCAUUGCAGCUCUUGAAAUUUUUACAAAAUAGUUGUUGAAUGACAUACAAAAAAACGUGAACUUUUUACAUACAACAUCGACACGUACAUCAUCUGUUUGAAAAAGAAAUGCAGGAUGGGGUGAUGGCGGGGAGAGUCUGCACCUUGCAAGAGUUCCGAGAGUCAAACCUCACCGAUUUUACUUUGCUAUGCUGCUUGUGAACACGUCGCUGAUUCUCCUCUGUGGGUCAUUUCUUAAUUUUCCAUCAUUUUUAGCUUGUUCAUGGAGAACGCCACGUCUGCAUGACAUGCCUGGCUUUAGCGUUCUGACACUAAACAUUAACACGAGGACAGCAGACGAUGUUAGGAGACGUUAAAAUGGAACUGAGCAAUGCGGAUGUCUCUCCCCCUCUCUCCCUUGUCCUCCCCUCAACCCAGGUCAGCAGCUCCACCUCAGUAGCCUUACUAACGGAAACCUCACUCAGCUGGAAACAUUGAACAGAUACCUCAGUAAUUUACAGAAUGACUUUUUACCAUAGCUUUUAAGGGAACCAAACAUAAACUCUCACACACACACACUCAGACUCACUACAACUCUCUCCUCAGUCUUUGCAGUGUUAUGACGUCUGUCUCUCUCUCACACACAGACAUACACACACAGUAAACCAGUUGCCAGUUGUUUUAUAAAGUAGAAGAAUGUCCAGCAGAAUCCUAUUGCCAGUAGACCAGUCAGUAUAUAAGUUGGAUCCCAAUGUUUCUAAAUGUUAACGAUCACUCUCCAGUUUUUCUGCUUUACUCACGUGAUCCUCGUCUCUGCCUCAUUCUGUACUUUCAGUCUUUGUCGUCUCUACAAACAGACGAUGCGCCGCUAAGCUUUGGCUCUGCGUUUAACCAAACAUACUACCUCUCCCUCCUGCACAUACAUACAAGCAUUUUUUUUUUUUUUUUUUUGUCAAAGCAUGAUUUUUUUUUUUUAUUAUGAGGCAUCCGUUUUCAUUUUUAACACUAAUUUAGGGAGGUUUUUUGUGUAUAUGUACAGUUUAUUCCUUUUUAUAUGGUUUCUCUUUUCAAAUGCUGGAUCAUUUUUACCUCAGAUCUCACUACAAGCCUACAAAUCUUAAAGUCAUUACAUCAGAGGCCUCUUCGGCAUCGUGUUCCCACUGGACUGGCAUAAAAACAUUUUAGAGUCUCUGCACGGCUGUGUUCACGUAGCAGCUAAAAGGACCCAGAUUCUUUCUUCAUGCGACACAGAUCUGAUAUUUUCUAGAUCAAGGAAUUCAGCCUCAAUUAAAAUAAGAUGAUGCAUCCUAAAUAGAGGUGUUAACUAGAUCAGUAUACUCCAAUACUGUAAUAAUAGUAUUAAUAAUAAUACCAACCAAAUGAAUUUGGUUCAUAAACUUGAGUUUGUAGACAAUGAUGGAAACAAGUCAGAGAGAAGAGCAGUUAACAUUAUGCUAAAUAUUUAAUUACAUCCAGGACACGGUAGCUCAGUUUAGCUUAAAAAGGUAAAAAAAAAAUCACCUCAGAUUUUGUACAGAUAAAAUAGAGAUAAUAAUACAUAUACCUUUUUUACACCGAAACUAGCAACGUAUGUAAACACCAGUAAAUAUUGCCAAUAGAGGAGUCCAUCAUUCUUUCUCUUCUUUCACAUUUCCAUCACUGCUGAUCGGAGACGGUGAAACCUGUGUCUACUGCAGAGUGGUUUAACCCAGGAGAGAAUACUGAUUGUAUCCAUUCUCAUUGCAGACAAAAUCCAGAUGUUAAUGGCUGUUGGUUGUUUUUUUGACAUGUGGAAAAGAUUUACAGGUGCUUUUAGGCCACAUUGUUAUUGUGGGACACAGGCAGUCUUGCCGUUUCCCCCUGUCUCCAGAUCACAUUAAGCUCUUGCUUCACAUUGUAGUACAAAUGGUAAAGAGCUGUUAAGCUUCUACUUUACAAGAAAUAAGCAUUAUGUCCAACAUCUAAAGUGAUCAUUUACAUAUCAAAUCUAAAAUUUCAAAACAAAAGAGGCAAACUGUCAAAGUUAAAUUAAAAUAGCAUUAAAAGAGACGAUGGGUUGAGAAAGUCUUUUCCUAAUUCAGAUCACGCUGGGACCGAGAUGAAAGCUGUUAUGUGAACGCAGCAUGAAACCUCCGAGGUAACGAGCAGACGUGUGUCUGCUCAUCCCAACGUUGCACCAAAAGAAUUUGGAUGAAGGAGGCAGGUGGUCCUGCCUGAGCAAAGCAAAGCCUUCAAAAAUACUUUGAGGCUACUAUACUAACAUGUUCUGUCACAGUAAAAUGCCACCUGGUUGGCAGAGGACUCCUUUGUUGGUCUGAUGGGACUCCGCAGAGGAUGUUUCUGUUAAGAGCUGAAUCGAUGUCACACAGUUCAGAACCCUCCAUCAGGAGAGUUUGAAUGUUCUCGGCUCUUCCACAAUCGUUCAGAGAUGAGAAAUGGAGGCAUAGAUACGUACUGAUUAAAACAAAAUAAAGGGAGUGGUAGUUAAACUUCGAUAACUGCUCUGUCCUAACAUCUCAAAUGUAAAAAGUACUGAACAAGAUGUUGUCUUUCAGUCGGCUUUGUCUCACAGGCUUCCUGUGCGUUUCUCUGUAGCUGUUUUCCUUCAAAAGGUCUGAAUGGCUUUGUAACAUUGGGAUCCUGUUUUAGAUUUUCUAGAUACAAAUAGUGUGUAAUGAAAUUUUGUUUCUGCUCAGCGGCCAGAUAAGUCUCACACACCCACUCUCCCCCCGUUUCUCAGCACUCUGCCUUUUUCUAACCUCUCACUCAGCUUCCACGUCACCAGGCCUUCAACACAUAUGCUGUGACUGACACACGGAGCCUUCAGCAAUCACUCUUUGUAUAAUGAUGACAUCACCUCUCAGCUCACAGCAUGACGACGUCACGGCUCCUCUAAGGUUCAUUUAACACGAUCAGCUGCUGUUGAUAGACAGAUAUGCAAAUAUCACAGAGUUCAUUCAGUGCGUAGAAAUAUUUCAUAAUGUAAUGAUUAAAUGUUUUUUUUUAAUCAACGUAGUCAUUGGAAAGAUAUGGCCUUUUGGGGAAAAAGAUGAAAUAAGAUACGACACCCAAUCUGCCAGUAUUGAAGAAAGGUUAUUUGUUGUUUAAUGUUGACAAUGAAAUUAGCUGUAUCCUGAAAAAUGGAAUGAAAACAGACUGAAAAUUGAA